GCAUGUCAUUCAUGUAUCAUAUGUAUGGAAGUUCCAUGGGAAGCUUGGUAAUCUACAUGAAAACAAACAGCAGUGAAACAGUGGAAUGGAUUAAAUCAGGCAAACACUCCAAUCGAUGGCUCGAAGCCGUUAUAUUCCUCAAUUCUUCAGCUCUCUACCAGGUAAUCCAUCUGACUGAUAAAUUUAGAAAGCGGGCUAUAACCUGAUUUCAAUUACUCUUUGCCUGUGCUGGCUUGAUGCAGAAUCUGUUAACCAAGUAAAGUAUAAAAAGUAAAAGAAGAGACUGUACAAUGCCUACAUGGAAGAUAAAAAAAGAAUCAAACUACUACCUUUACUUGCUUUUAGAUAAAAGAUUUUAAGCCAUCAGUCAUCUUUGCGCAAGCAAGAGUACAUGACAGGAUAUACGAAACUAGGAGAACACUGUGAAUUAACUUUCUAUUAUUUAAACGUGCAUCAGGAACUCUAACACCUUGCAACAAAACCGUCAGAAAACCGAUUAAUAAUUAACCAAGAUAAUCCAGUCUUCGAAUUCCUAGAUUGAUGGGUGCGAUGUUUAUUGAUAUUAUAGUAUCCCACGGUUAUAAGCAUAGUUCUUAGUACUUCAAUGAAUUUAAAUGACUGUAAAGUGCAACGCUUGACGUCACCUAUGCCGGUUUUUGUAAAAGGAUUCUGAUAACAAGGAUAUCACUGCUGAUUUAGUAACAUUAGUUGCGUUAGUGCUUUAACGCAAUCAGAAAUAAGUACGGUUUAGCACUUACUCUCACAAUGUGGUGCUCGGGUCAGUAUACUGUUGCAUUGUUGUUUUUCCGUAAGCUCUUUUUAGCCUAGUUUAGACUAGUUACUGACAAGCGUACUAGAAUAUGUCCUCUAACUAACUUUCAGGGUUUAAUCUUUAUAGAUUAUAAUGGAGGGAGUAAGGGGCGUUUCCUAUUCAAGUGAUGUAGCUAUAGAUAACAUCGCAUUCAGAAAUGGAUCCUGUGAACGACUUGGUAUGUACACGAGUAUAUUUACCACUGCAUUUUUGAAAUAUCCCAAUAUGCAGACACUGAAACAUGGAUCAAACUCAUAAAUCUUAUUGCAAAAGAUAUUUGUAACAUUUUUCCUUUUUUUUCUAGUUACCCAGUCGUUAUACGCCUUUAUAAAGGAAGAUGCUACAGACUUCAAAUUGGACAGAAUUCCAGUUUACAUUGGAUGGUACUAUCAGUUUACAGUGCAUGCUCUUCAAACAAGAAACAUUUCAACCGAUGUGAUGUACUUUGCGUACCCAGCAAACACUGUC